UAACUCCAUAAACACACCUCUCUAUUUCUUUUCCUCAACAAAACUCUCUCGUGAGAUCCCAAAUGGAUACACAUUCAUUCAUCACCUCCGCGUUCCGAUGGCCGUCAAGUCGCCGGAAGGUCUAUCUUCGUCGGCGUAAGCCGCAAGUUGUACGUCUCGGCGGAAGAAAUUGUUCGCCACGUGGGAGAUUCUCGCUCAAGAGGGUGGUGACAAAGAUGAGGUUCAAGUGGCUGAGACUCUACUACGUGAGGCUCGUGAAGAUGAUCAGAGGGUAUUAUCGUAACUUGGCGCAGGAGUUUGCUGACGCCGGAGCUACAACUAUCCAGCAGCGGAUGACGGUGGAAACGGCGGCUUUUGCCGCUCCGGGUUUGGGGCUAUCUUUCUGUCCCGUGUCCGGUCAACGUUUUUUUCUUGUUUAGCUGAAUUUUUCAAGUUAAUUAAUAGUUUCAAAGUAAUUAAUUACCUUUGUACUAUUGUUUUUUUUUAUUCCAAAACUUCCUAUUAUACUACUUUGGAUU